AUGUUGCAAUCGCUUCGAAAAGCAAAUGGGCUCAGUACGACUGUCAAUCCCAAAGAUAUUGCCCUUGAGGAUAUCAGUGAGUCCGUAUUUUUUCAAGAAGUCAAGAUGAUUUUUUUAGGCGAAGACACAACACCCAUCACUACAUUUAUAGAAAUGGCUAUGGACGAGUUUUCCGCCGAAAAAGCCGACAAAGGGGAGUGGUUAAUCGAUUCGAAAGAGCAAAAAGUGUGUUUUAGUUUUACACAGUCGUGUGGGAGAAAAAUGUUCCAAAGCCUCACAACGACGUUCUUCAGAAACACAUCAGUCAUCUUUCUGGUUUACCUGUUCGACGACUUGAAAACGACGGAAUGUCUAGAUUUCUGGCUGAAAGAAAUAGAACGGUACUCUGACUCUUCUGCGCCGAAGUAUUUACUUGGGUUUGGGAAUACCAUUGAUGACUGUGUGUAUAACAAAGCGAACGCAUUUGCAGUGGAAAACAUGUUGAUCCACAAAGUCAUAGAACUCAAAGACCUUCCGAAGUCGUUUGCAUUUUUUAAGACGAUGAUUGACAGUUUGGUGGAACCUUUGGUAUCAGAGGAACCAACAAAAGAAGAGAAAACGCAUAAUUCUUGUUGUGUAGUUUUCUAA